GCCCAGUGUGAGGAGGGGGUUACUGGCCCAGCGGGUGCUCUUGGACGACCUUUUACUGCUGUGGGUCUGUGCUGCUCCCAGCAGCAACGCUAUACAUUGGACAGCAGUGUUCCCCAAAUGUGAAGGAGAGUGUGAGGGGAUAUAUAUAUUUUUUUACUGAUCCUUUCCCUGUUCUGAGUGAUUUUUCCCCAUCUCAUUUGUUUGCCUUCACAGAAUCAGAAGACACCCACAUGGAUGCAGAAGCCCAGGAUCCAUCACUGGACUGUAGCGAAGGGAGCAAAAACAAUUCCCUUUCUGCUGAGAAACCACUAGAAGACUCUCAGGGUGACCCACCUGAUUCUCAGGCUUCUGUCAGUAACGGUAGUGAUUCUGAAAUGGAGAAAGAGCUGGUCGAGCUAAAAGUUAUUUGGAACAAAAAUAAGUAUGACUUGAAGUUCCCACUUGACAGCACAGGGGCGGAUCUGAAGCAGAAAAUCCAUUCGCUGACGGGCCUUCCACCUGCAAUGCAAAAGGUCAUGUACAAGGGACUUCUACCAGAGGAGAAAACUUUACGAGAAAUCAAGGUGAUCAGUGGCGCAAAAAUCAUGGUGGUUGGCUCAACCAUCAACGACGUCUUGGCAGUAAACACACCAAAAGAUGCUGUUCAGCAGGAAGUGAAAUCAGAAGAGACUAAGAAGGAGCCCCUUUGCAGACAAAAGCAACACAGGAAAGUGCUGGAUAAAGGAAAACCAGAUGACGUGAUGCCUUCUGUCAAGGGUGUGCAGGAGCGUUUGCCAACUGUUCCUCUGUCAGGCAUGUAUAACAAGUCCGGCGGCAAAGUGCGUCUCACCUUUAAGCUCGAACAAGAUCAGCUCUGGAUUGGCACAAAAGAAAGAACAGAGAAACUGCCAAUGGGAUCCAUCAAGAAUGUGGUGAGCGAGCCUAUUGAAGGACAUGAGGAUUAUCACAUGAUGGCCUUCCAGCUGGGUCCAACAGAAGCCUCCUACUACUGGGUCUAUUGGGUCCCGAUCCAAUACGUUGACGCCAUCAAGGACACAGUGCUGGGGAAGUGGCAGUAUUUUUGAAGGCACGCUCACCUCUGGCACGGGAGACGGAUACGAUCCGAAGGACACUGCUGGGAGAGGCCUGGACGGGGAGCAUCCUGGAACUUCUUAAUAUAUCAAGACGCUCCCAAGGAGGCCUGCGAGGGCGCCAGAGGUGGGGAUCUCUCGCCGUUAGUUUCUUUUCCACUUAAAAAGUGCAGCAGCCACCCUUCUGCAGUCAGCGUCAACUCUAUUUUAAAAAAAACAUUGCCAUGGAAAUCAAUAAAUCAAUAAAUACACAAACCUCUGUGUGUAAUACACCUUAACCUUGCCCAGUGUAGCGCUUCUGGUUUCUAGCUUCUGCAAGGAAAUGGCUGACAAGCAGCUGUGGAAUUUUCUACAUGUUUUGGACAAGAGACGGAUAUUUUCCAAUUCUUUUUCUUUUCAAGCAUUGCCGUUUCAGCUGUAUUGUUAUGACUAGGAGUUUGAGAAACCAGUUUCUCCGGCUCCUUUUGAGAUUUAAAAAAUACAGACAGUCAGACGACCUUUGAAAUUGUAUGCAAACCUUUUGUUUCGUAAGCCAUAUCUUCCUAGUCUGUAAGUCCCUUUGUAGCUCUUCUGGUAGGAAAAUGGUACAACUCUCAUGCUCGUAACCCAAAGAUACUUGACUCUCCUCCUAAGAUUCUAGUAACUGUUUCAUGGUAAAGAUUUUCUGUGCAUUAAUUGAGAGCAGAGAGGGUAAAAACUGGGGGUCCUGUGUAGCCAAGUUGGCUUGUUGCCUGCCAGGUUCUUCUACCCCUGCUUUUUGUUCUGCCCUUCUCUCCCCCUCCCCACUUCCCUUUGGCUGCCAUCCUUGGGGGAAAUCUAGACUGCCUUAAGAAACAUUUCCUGACUCUCACGAUCAAGGCCCUUGAUUGUUUUGCAGCUCAGUUACUGCUGGCUUCAUGCACUUGGUCUCUGGCAUUUUUCAUCCUCCUGCUCAGAGUGUGCGCUCUUCUCGGCUGGCCUCGUCCUAGCCUCUGUAGGGCUCCUCAUAGUGUCCUGCCUAAGUGGUUCCCCAUUUCCUCUUGUUUGUUAUAUUAUGUGAGGUUUUAAGUUUAACUUGUAAACCGCCCAGAAUAGGAGUUGCAUUAAUAGAUUGGUAUAUAAAUCAAAUCACUAUAUAAAUCUUGGGAACUAGCAGCCAGUGGUCUGUAGCCAGAGAGGUUCCUCUGCCAGGGCUGACCGAUUAGCAAGUAUAGGUGGGUCUUUGCAGCUCCACGGACAGUCCAGCCCUCCUGGGAUCUGACCUUUAGCACAAAAAAAGUUGACUCCACACUUUAAGAGUGCGCUUGUAGAAACCUACACACAGAGAGAGAUCUGUUGCAUUAUUAGCAGCUCUUCUUGGGAACAUAAAGCAGCAGUUAGUGCUGGACGGAGCAGGGGGUAGUUCCUUCUGGGGCCUUCAGCAGCAAGUGUAUGUGGACUCAGCCGAAAGGAACGAACCUGCUUACGAUCAGGGGUGUUCUGCUCGGCAUGCCAGGGGAGACCAGCGUGGGUAUAACAGUAACGAAGGCAAAAGACAGGAGUGGCAGAAGUGGUUUGCAGGCAUCGGUCCUGGUAGAGACAAAGUCGGGGGGGGGGCGCUGUUGUUCCAACUCUGCUCAUUCAGUCAAAAUACGCUGUCUGGUCUGGUUUUGUCUUCAGAGCAGCCCAGAGGAGUUACCCCCCCCCCAAGCAAUGGUCUCUGCUGUUCCCACCUGAUUCACUUGUGCCCACCUCUUGUGCCUUGGUGGCGGUCAGCUUUAAUGCUCAGGAGGUUAAUCAGCUUUGACAGAGGGAUAAUUUGUACUAGUUUGAUUUGGGUGAUUUGACCAGAUUGAUUUGGGUGAUAGAUGGUUUCCUCUUAAGUGUCACCAGGGGGGUGUCAGACUUCCCAGAACAUGGAAGCCUGGGAAGAAAAGUGUUUUCUCCCAGAAAAAAUAGACACUUUGGGGAAAUUUUUAAAUAUAUGCAAUAUUUUCUUAUCAAAAUGAAAUUUGCUCUGCUGAAUAAGAACAUGGAUUUUGUUUUUCCUGCAUAAUUUUGCCUCUAUAAUUAUACUGUUUGGUAUAUUUAUGGUAAAUAAAACAUAAAUGCCUUAAUUUCGUUCAGAUGAUUAUAAAGUUAGCUUAAAUUAGCAAAGGCACUAGCAGUUGGUGCUUGCUGAGAUACCCAAAGGCUGCCAUCCUGUACACAUGUCCAUGGGAGGAGAUGCCAGUAAACUUGAUAGGGUUUAAUUUUAAGUAGGGCAGGCAACGGAAAGCACUGCAAAUAUAUAUCUCAGUUGUUGUUUUUUUUACAAGUAGUUGGAAUGGCGAGGAGAGUAAAAUGAUGAGACUCAAGUUAAAAUUUUCUACAUCACAGUGAACAAAAGGUUUAAUUCAUGGGUUUAAAUUGUAUGUACCUCUCGGCGUUAUCAUGACACCCAUAAUUUUAGAGAAGACUCAGAAAAUGAACAUUUUCGAUAAUGUAAUUGUGGAGUGGCAAUAAACUUACAUAUGCUGUUGA